GGAUAGCCGCAUAGAUCAAUGUGCGUAGUGGCGAAUUUGCAAAACAGAACGAAACCUUUGCAUAUCGCUCCCGCGUUGGUGUUCUACCGAUUGGGGACGAGUACUCGAAGGUCUCAAAAUUGUCGACAGCGAGCACAUGGCUCUUUUUCGUUCUAUUCAUAGGUCGUUGUCACCUGCCAGACGUACCCUGAUCGCGACAAGCUCUGCUGGAUAUCACGAAAAGGUAAUCGAUCAUUACGAAAAUCCUCGCAAUGUUGGUUCACUGAACAAGGACGCCAAAAACGUUGGAACUGGCUUAGUCGGCGCCCCGGCUUGUGGUGAUGUGAUGAAGUUGCAGAUCAUGGUUGACGAUAAUGGCAAGAUAACGGACGCAAGGUUCAAGACAUUUGGCUGCGGCAGUGCCAUUGCUUCCAGUUCCCUGGCAACAGAAUGGAUUAAGGGCAAAUCUGUAAAUGAUGCCAUGAAGAUAAAGAACACUGAAAUCGCCAAGGAGCUGAGCUUGCCUCCGGUGAAGCUGCACUGUUCUAUGCUGGCAGAAGAUGCAAUAAAAGCAGCCCUCAGUGACUACAAGCGCAAGCAGGAAGGAGACAAGGCCACAGAGAAAAGUGCAAACAAAGGAUAGCUUGUUGAGUGCAGUAGGGGUCUUGGGUGAAGUGUAGAAAAACGGAGGUAAAUUAAUAAAAAUGGUAUGUAGCGCCACGUUGUAACAUAGACCAUUGUGGCAUGUGUUUAGAAAGGUUAUUGUUUGCUUGUACUGGUGUGCCAAGGGUGUGUCAGGCACAAUGCUUGUAUGAUACCUUUGAGUAAAACAUGAAAAUAAAAGAUUUCACCUCUCAA